AUGAAGCCAGUGAUAGGCACAGUGGUGUCGAACAAGAUGCAGAAGUCGGUGGUGGUAGCUGUGGACAGACUAUUCCACAACAAGCUCUUCAAUCGCUACGUCAAGCGUACUUCCAAGUUCAUGGCUCACGACGAGAAGGACGCCUGUAACAUCGGCGACCGAGUGAAAUUGGAUCCAUCAAGGCCUCUGAGCAAGCGUAAGAAUUGGAUAGUUGCUGAAAUCAUAAAGAAGGCAAGAAUAUAUUCUCCACAGGCUGCUGCUGCUGCAGCUCUCAAUUUCUCAGCCGCAAAAGCUCCCUCUGAGUCUGAGUUUUCAACACCCCCUGUUUCGUCUUCAUAA